AUGGACGGCGCUAUUUCCCACGGAGGGGUGGUCGACAUGUCUGCCGAGACUCUGGCACAGGUCGCUGCGCCCUUGGAAACUUGGAGGGAAGAGAUUCGGAACAGUGACACGUUCGCUCAUUUGAAUCUCGACAAGCCCUUAUCAUUUGCAUCAGACUCUGAUCUGUUGCCUGAAUGGUUGCAGAGGCAAGUUAUACUGCUCUCGCUUCACUAUCACGAUAUCUUGAGCAUGCUCUACCGGCCGCUCACUAUGCAGUCACUUUCCGGUCGUCUAGGGCUCGAUCGCGAAGCCGAUGAUGUCGAUCCUCUCUCAAACAGAGACUUGCGACAUGCGCUCAGCGUCAUUGAUAUAAUCUCCCUUGCCCUUCGCACCUCAGACCUCCUUUCUUUCAUGUCGGCCUACCCUCUGGCUAUGGAUCCCGACACUGCGAUCAGUAAACUCGACCGUGCUGUCUUUCUCUUCCAGUUGAGCGAGAAACGGUACGCGGUUGCCAGGCGGGCGAACGCCCUUUGGCUCAAGCCUCCGGGCUGCAGGAAUUCAUAUUGUCAAAGACACGAAUCGUAG